GUUGCACAGCAACAGUCAGCAGGAUUGAACGUAAACGGGGAAGGGGGGAACAGAGAGGUGGUGAUGGGGAGUGAGUAAAAUGUGGGGGAUUAAUUCGAGUUACCUUCAUGUUUCGUUCACUGUGUUGUUACUGUUCUUUGUUGUAAUUGUUUUUCACUUCAUUGUAUUACUUUGCCUGCUGCCUAUAAACAUUUAUCUCUUCCUUUCACCAUUCUUAUCUAGUUGAGACUUUAUUUUAGUUUCUGUCGACGAUUUGCAAAGAAUUUUGGCAAGUUUCUCUUGUCAAACUUUUCACAAUCUUUCUUUGAUUAAUUUUUCGAAAUGUUACUCGAAAAAUCUACCCAAUGACACAUUAAAGAAUAUUUCGUUAUUCAUCAAACACUCAAUUCGAAAAAUUCGAAUCUAAUAAAAUGUUACGUGGUUCAACUCGGACAGUAUCGUUUGUAUCUGAGCCUGAAGAGGAUGAGACCAUAGGCCAUGACAAGGCCUCUGAGGAUUCAGUUAAAGAAGCCAUUGUUCGAUGGAUCAUCUACAUUAUAACCUAUGCUCUGAUAAUUAUCGGCACUGGAGCUAUAUGGGUGGGACUCGUGUUGAAUGAUAGCUUGACGCACAUAAGUGCGGAUAAAAUCGGCUAUGGCAGUCAUGUUAUAACACAUAUCUUUAUACUUUGCGGCGUGGCAACCAUUGUCGUUGGCUAUGCAGGUGGUUGCUGGUUCAAUGCUCAUCAGGGUCUUAUGCUAAAAGUGCACUUUUGUCUCAUUAUAACCACAAUUUUGCUAUAUAUAUUGGUAAUUGUUAUCGUUGUAUUUGCUUCAACUGCUCGAAGGGCCGAUGACUAUCUGAAUGAAUGCUGGGAAGAAUAUACGAAUAAGAACAGAACAGUCGAUAUGAUGGAGUUACAGAUUCGGUUCUUUUGCUGUGGCAUUAAUGGCAUUAAAGACUACACUGAAGGCGAUUAUGUGCUGAGAAUGUCGUGCUACUUCAAAUUUAAUAUGCGUGCUCAACCAUUUCAACAAACCUGCUCACAUGCGAUCAAAGACUACUUUCAUCAGAAAAGAAACGAUUGUAUAAUCUUCAAUAGCGUAGUCAUUGUAUUGCUGAUUAUCUACCUCAUUUUGUGCAAAUUGUUGCAUAAAUGGCGCGUGAUCUAUGUAUGAUAAGUAGUCGCAAAUUCAGUAUACGUAAUCCCUUUGAAUACUGUCAAAUAAAUGUUAA